GGAAGGAGCUGAGGACCCUAAUGCACAGCAGGACAGAGUGUACACACCGUCAGCUCUCUUGUUCACCUUACCAAAAACAUCGUGGUUUUUCAAAUGUUAGAGGAAUAACUGUGGAAUUCCAACGGAUUAUUCAUCCGAAGUCUUUGCCAGUGAUCAAACCUCGACUCCACGUUCAGGGCAAACGAGCUCAGACUUAAACCUUCGCUGCCAGGUCCGAGGCAAGGCCCUGUGUGUAGACGUGUGUGAAUAUGUGCGUGUGAGUGCAUUUGAGUGUGCACUUCAGACCCCUGCUUGCCUUUGAGAGAGAGGACAUCUUGUUUUGCAAGUGCAAAGAUGAGGGCCAUUGCUCUACUGUGUCUACUGAUGUUAGCUGAGACCGAAGCCUCUCGGGUCGUACGAGACUCCCAGAGUAGCCCUGAGGUUUCAGAACCCUACAAGAACAACGCUUCUGUCCCACUUCCACCCCUACAGCCGGCCCGGCCACGGGGGUCUUUCCCUCCCAUGUGCAUAAAGCCCACUGAGAUCAAGCAUGCCUUCAAGUAUGUGAACACCAUCGUCUCCUGUCUCAUCUUUGUGGUGGGGAUCAUUGGAAACUCCUCGCUGCUCAGGAUCAUAUAUAAGAACAAGUGCAUGAGGAAUGGGCCGAAUGUCCUGAUUGGCAGCCUGGCUUUGGGGGACCUGCUCUAUAUUAUCAUUGCCAUCCCCAUCAACGUGUUUAAGCUCAUAGCUGAAGACUGGCCCUUUGGUGUAUACAUUUGCAAAUUGUUCCCGUUCAUCCAGAAAGCUUCAGUGGGAAUCACUGUCCUUAGCCUGUGCGCUCUCAGCAUUGACCGGUAUCAUGCAGUGACGUCAUGGAGUCGGGUGAAGGGCAUGGGUAUUCCUCUGUGGAAAGCAGUGGAGGUGACUCUAAUCUGGUUGGUUGCUGUGGUGUUAGCUGUCCCUGAAGCGCUGGCGUUCGACAUGCUGGAGAUACCAUACAGAGGCAAUAAGCUGCGUGUGUGUAUGCUUCCGCCACAGCAGACAACCAGCUUUAUGAAGUUCUACCAGGAUGUGAAAGACUGGUGGCUGUUUGGUUUCUAUUUCUGUCUCCCGCUGGCCUGCACAGGGAUUUUCUAUACACUCAUGUCCUGUGAGAUGCUCAGCCGCAAAAAAGGCAUGCGCAUCGCACUCAAUGACCACAUGAAACAGCGGAGGGAAGUUGCAAAAACAGUGUUCUGCCUAGUGUUGAUUUUUGCUCUCUGCUGGCUGCCCCUUCAUCUCAGCCGAAUUCUGAAGAAAACAAUCUACGAUGAAUACGACCCCAACCGCUGUGAACUGCUCAGCUUCCUGUUGGUGAUGGAUUACAUCGGUAUCAACAUGGCCUCCCUUAACUCCUGCAUUAACCCAAUUGCCCUCUAUUUUGUCAGCCAAAAGUUUAAAAACUGCUUCCAGUCUUGCUUGUGCUGCUGGUGCUACAGAACAUCUCCCCUAGAUGGACCAGGUUCAGGGGGACGCUGGAAGGGUUCUUGCAAUGGUAACGGACUAGACCGCUCCAGCUCUCGCUCCAGUCAGAAAUACACAAGCUCUUCAUAAACUCAAAGACACACACAUUACAAUCAUCUCCUGCCACAAAAACCAAAACUGCUCAUAGCAGUUUCUGACAUGGAGAAACAGCUUUAUCACUGCCAGACAGAUCCUGAUGGUGGGGGGAAAUGGAGCAACAUGCUGUAGAAGUUACUCCUGGAGAAUGGACAGUAGGACUGCUAAAAAGAAAGAAAAGAGGUUGGACUGAACUGAUGACUGAAAUAUCAGGACUAUUACUUUUCAGGGUGUAAUACUAACUGCAAAAUAUACAGUGAAACCAAAGCUACAGAAAUGUGGUUGUGUUCUGGCAGUAUGUUCAUGAAGAAAACUAAAGAUCUCUCAUGAUAAAUGCAUUUAAAGGAAUGUUUAUUAAAGCCACAUGUAAACGUAUGUACAGGACUGCUCACAUGUUGACUUAACUUCAUAUCUACUCUUAGUUUUUCCAUUUAUGAAUUACAGCUUCCUUUUGAAGUUUUUCCAUACAUCACAGGGAAACCUGUGUUCAUUAGCUGAUUAAUUACUGGAUGAUGUCACUGAGCUCCUACUUGCACCCUGGUGACAUCAUACCAGAGUAAAAUGGGCCCCACUGUGUCUAACAGCCAUGGAGAGAGUCAAACAUUGAACAUCUGUUAUCUGGAAAUCAUCACUGCUUGGAGUGGUCAUAUGGAGGGCAGCUGUUGUCCAAGAAAGCUAAGAGAUACCAGAUGAUUCUCAUCAUGCUACAUAAAAAGGUCACUAUAACACCUUGUAUUGUUGCAGUGCUCAUGCUGUUAUAAAUGAUUUGCUCUCUGGUUAAAGUCUCUCGAAGUAAAAAAAAAAAAAAAAACUGUUUGUGACAUUGCAGCUUAACUACGUAUGUGUUCAAUAUCAUAAAACCUUGAAAGUCAGUUUACUCUUCCAACAUCAUGCAUCUAUUUGUGAUUCCAAACAUUUCACCUCCAUCACUCUGUGGUCCUGUUACAAAGAUGUUCCUGUGGCAGGAAAUAACUCAGAAAACUACUUCUGAGAGCUGCUUGAGGAAAACGUUGUUUUUUUUUAACUGGUCAAUUUAAAAGCUUUAAGAAAGGAAGGAAAAAAGAAAUCAUGUACAGCUGGUUAUUUUUAACCACUGAAUAAUUUUAGUGGAGAUUUUCUUUUUCUAAUAGCUGAAGAAAUUAUUUAGAUACAUUUGUUGCUUUCUUUUUAAUAUAAUAAAGGAUCUUUAACUAAUAAUGUAUUUAAACUGCAUUUGUGAAGGAGAAAUGAAAAUGAAAUAUGUUCACACUCACUGAUCACUUUAUUAGGUAUACUCGUUCAAUGGCUCAUUAAAUCAGAUAUAACAGCCCAUUUCACUUGAACAAGGUAGCAUUAGAUGCAUUUUGACAUGUAGACUUGAUCAAAGUCUUCAGGCCUACUUGUCAAAAAAUCAUUUUCAGUGGGUUGUGUACGUGUGCCUAGAAAAAAAUUAGUGGCACAACGUUUAAUGAUAUGCUUUUAUUUGAAGGAUAUUUCUGCACUUCUUUUUUCUGCCACAUCUUUUGUUCCAUUUCGAGUGAGAACUGCCCCAUGCUGUAGGGGGCAUUUUUAAAUGAAGCCCCAAAAUAAAAGUACAGAUUUUCAACCCCUGUACUUCUCUCUACACAUGCACCCUCACUCACUCAGUGCUCAUUAGCUCAUUGAGAGCUAAUGGGAACUAAUAUUAUUUUCAACUGAUCUGGGAUGGAAUGGAGAGAGAGAGCAGUGUAAUAUGAAGAAUAAAAGAAAUAAAAGACAAAAACUGUAAUAAUACAGCUAAUACUACUUAUAAUAAAAAGAAGAGGAUAUUAAAUAGAGAUGUAAUUUUCAAAUUUUCUGUGAGUACUUUGAUUGUAAAUGAAGUGCCAAGAUUGCAUGAAAUAGUAUCAAAAUAGAGUUUUUUAUUAAGAAAAAAAAAAAACCUGGGGGAGAAACCCCCAGACCCCUACUGAGGUCUGGGCUGUGCCUUUAUACGCCCAAUGAGAUCCUGUUGUCUUUGCACACUGUAGUUAUCUCAGAUCAUUAUGAAGAUCCCUACUGGAUUUAUGUUUGACUUUUAUAGUGAGUUAUAUGAGAAAUGAAUGAAAUGUGAUUUAACUGACCUUUAAUGUGACAUGGUUGUUGGUGGUCUUGCAGAUUUUAUGUUUGCGCUGAAUUCUAACUAUCAUUUGAAUGCCCCUCAGAACUGCAGCUCCUCAAACCAGGCAGUGUUUUUCCAAUCUUCUAUGGUCCACUUUUGGUGAGCCUGUGUGAAUUUUAGCCUCAGUUCCUUGUUCCUCGCUGACAGGAAGGGCACCUGGUGUAGUCUUCAACUGCUGUAAUCACUGGAAUUCAAGGUUUGAAGGUUUUCAGCGGUGACUUUCUCUUUGCCACUCUUCCAUAAAGCUUUGACUGAUGAAGAACCAGGUUAACAGUUGUGUGCAGAGUUGUUCCCAUCUUAGCUGCUGAAGUUUUUCCUUCAGAGUAGUCAUAGGGGUCUUGGUGGCCUCUCUCACAGGUCUCCUUCUUGCACAGUCGCUCAGUUUUUAAGGACGGCAAUGUCUAGACAGAUUUGCACAGGCUCCGUAUUUAUAUCUUGAUGAUGGAUUUAAUUGAACUUGUGGAUGUUUAGUGACUUGGAUUUUUUUUAAAUCCAUCCCCUGGCUUUUAUCUUUCAGUAACCUUUUCUCUGAGUUUCUUGGAGUGUUCUUUUG